ACGACAUUGGAUUUUAAAUUCCUAUCCGAAAAUUGACACAGCCAAACGACCCCUAACCGGUAACAAGGAAAAGAGAAUUAUGGACAAGGGCAAAGCGGUGGUGGGCUCCGGCCGCCGGUGGGCUGUGGAUUUCACGAACAACUCAACUUCGCAUUCAUCGCGUGAUAUUCUUGAUCCGCCGGGAUUCACUCGCGCUUCCCAAGAACAGGAUGAUGCAGCUGUGAGCAAACAGAAGAAGGACGCUGAGGCCAAUUGGAAAGCCCAGAAAGCAUGGGAAGUUGCACAAGCGCCCUUUAAGAAUCUGUUCAUGAUGGCAUUCAUGAUGUGGAUGGCUGGAAGCACGGUUCAUCUAUUUAGCAUCGGCAUAACAUUUUCGGCUCUUUUGCAGCCUAUUAAUGCCCUUCGAGGGGUAGGGAAAGUUUUCGAGCCAUACAAGGACAACAAGGUUGAUCUAAUGGCGCCUAAAUUAGUAUUUAUCGCCCUUAAUUUGGUGGGAUUAGGUCUCGGUGUGUGGAAGCUUAACACGCUGGGUCUUCUUCCAACACAUGUAUCCGAUUGGGUUUCUUCCUUGCCUCCCCCACAGGAUGUGGAGUAUUCUGGUGGAGGUAUCCCACUUUACUAGCUUCUGUCCAGCCGAAGGUUGCAUUAAUAUUAUGAAUUGUUCGGUUUUCGGUUUAUGAACGUUUUUUAAAUUCUAAAUGUAGCAUUGUUAUGGAUUGUUUAUAGUGACUUUUGAACAGGGGAAAUUGUUAGUUUUGAGUUUAUGUUAUUCAGAUGAUUUUAAUGAAUUUUCAUGGCUUGUUUGCCUUUUUGAUUUUUCUUUUUUUCUUUUUUUGAUUU